GUCACACUGUAUUCGCAGUCAUUUCAAAAUGGAAGAGUUGAGGAGGAUGAUUUCUUUGAACAUCUUUUCAUUUUUACUCUUUAACAAAACCAAGCUUUCGAUUUUUAUUUUUUUUUUCCUUCUUCAGGGCCUUGUUGAAAUUAUAUAUACAGGGUGUUUUAGGAAUGCGUCCCACCGGGAAACAAAUCGUGUAGUUUCUAAGAUGGUGGCAUUUCCGUUUAUUGAAAAGGACUUAAUUUGACUCUAGUUUACAUGUAAAAAUGUCACUUUAAGCGUUGAUUAUCGUUAAACCUCCCUUAAAAUGCGCGGUGCAAACGGUCAUAACUUCAAUAGGUUUUAGUAUAAUAUUUUGAUAAAUACCUGUUCAUACAUCAGUGCGUGUUCAAAAAAUAAGAUUAAAAAUAAAAUUAAGAAAACUGCCGAAAAAUCAUGAUUUUUUAAUAAGGUAAAGUUUUAGGUAGGAGUGAGUAGAAACCAAAGAUGAAAUAAUAUAUAGGGUGUCUCAUUGCAAAUAAGCAAGUUGACUUCUACCGGUGUAACCGGAAAUGCAACCAUCUUGAAAACAUUUUAGCCGGGUUGCCGCCAUUGAAUUAGUAUACCUCCUGUCAAACCUUUAAAAACAUUCUGUAUAAGUUUUUCAUAAUAUAGACAUCUUUUUGGUUCUCGGUGGAACACCCUUUACCUACGUAUUAUAUACAGGGUGAUUCAUUUAACUUGAAACAGUCUAAUAUCUCGAAAACGACGUAUUUCCAGAGAAAAAAGAUCUUAACGUCAACGUCAAAUACCUAAUACGAACAGAAUAAUAUGCCACUCCGGAGAUACUUAAAAUGGACCGAUCCAAAAGUUUGGGCCAUUAUAGCCCUCAGUGCAUUGUGGAUCUUUUUACCCAUAAGCAUCCGGCAUUUCUGGGCAAGCGAACCGGAACACUUCAACUACAGACUAAUGAACGUCUACGUCUACAUUGGUUGCCUAUUUUUCACUUGUAUCGUUAUUUCCAUACAUUAUGUUUAUAUAUUUCAUAGGAAGGAUUUCCAGUAUUGGUUUUCGAGUACGGCGUUCUUAUUUAUCGUUGUGGCACAGAUCUUGAUGAUGGUCAACGCACUGACGAUGCCUCCAAAGUCAAAGUUGAAACUCAUCUUUGGUCUCGAGUGUUUAGUAAUUUUUCUUUUCAUGUGUCUUUACAUACAAGCUGUUACGAUGCAACACCGUGUUUUACUGAAUCUGACCUACAUAAAAAAGGAAGAAAAACACAUUGCUAUCAAAAAAUUGGCUGGCGCCGCUGACUGCGUCACUAUACCCCUAAAAGGACAAAUGAAAUCUAUACAGUCCAAAGUUUUGUUCAAAGGGCCAAGUACUUCACAAGGAAAAGGAAGAGUUUAGUUUAUAAAUGAAUAAUCUAUUACCUAUCUAUUCACAAUCCGAUGUCCAAAAG